CUUGUUAAGGGCGGCGCAGCCCCGAGUGAAUCUGAGAGAGGAUCAGCCUGGGUGCUGCUGUUGCGGGCGUGAGGAGACGCAAAGGCCGGGCCAGGUGGUUAAAAGACCCUACAGAUGGCAGAUAAUAGUAAAGCAGAAGAUGCUGCCUCAGAUUCUGUGGAAGCUGCUAAAGGUACAGGUGACAAAAAAGAAAAGUUAGCAGACCAGGUAAUGCAGAAUCCACAAGUCUUGGCAGCUUUGCAGGAUCGACUUGACAAUGCACCUCACACUCCUUCCAGUUAUAUUGAAACCUUACCAAAAGCAGUGAAAAGAAGAAUUGAUGCCUUGAAACAGCUUCAGGUGAAAUGUGCCCAUAUAGAAGCUAAAUUUUAUGAAGAAGUUCAUGAUUUAGAGAGAAAAUACGCAGCCCUCUACCAACCUCUCUUUGAUAAGAGAAGGGAUUUUAUCACUGGUGGUGCAGAACCUACAGACGCAGAGGCAGAGUGGCACAGUGAAAAUGAGGAAGAAGAAAAACUAGCUGGAGACCUGAAAAAUAAAGUAGUAAUAGAAGAAAAAGAAGCGGGAGCAACUGAGGAGACAAACCCCAAAGGAAUCCCAGAUUUUUGGUUCACAAUAUUUAGAAAUGUAGAUAUGCUGAGUGAAUUAGUACAGGAAUAUGAUGAACCAAUUUUGAAGCAUCUGCAGGAUAUCAAAGUGAAAUUUUCUGAGCCCGGACAGCCAAUGUCUUUCACAUUAGAGUUCCACUUUGAGCCCAACGACUACUUUACUAAUUCAGUUUUGACAAAAACCUACAAGAUGAAGUCAGAACCAGAUAAGACGGAUCCUUUUUCAUUUGAAGGCCCUGAAAUUGUUGACUGUGAGGGAUGUACUAUUGAUUGGAAGAAAGGGAAAAAUGUUACAGUUAAAACAAUAAAAAAGAAACAGAAACACAAGGGCCGAGGCACAGUCAGAACAAUUACUAAACAAGUACCCAAUGACUCGUUUUUUAACUUCUUCAGUCCAAUAAAAGUUUCAGGAGAUGGAGAAUCACUGGAUGAAGAUUCAGAGUGUACUUUAGCUAUAGAUUUUGAAGUCGGGCACUUCUUCCGUGAAAGAAUAGUGCCCCGUGCUGUACUCUAUUUCACUGGGGAAGCUAUAGAGGAUGACGAUAAUUUUGAAGAAGGAGAGGAAGGAGAAGAGGAGGAAUUGGAAGGUGAAGAAGAAGGAGAGGAGGAUGAAGAAGCAGAAAGUGAACCUAAGGUGUAAUUUAAGUCUGUUUAUCAUUCAUUCAUUUAUAGAAAGAUGCCAGCCAGCCUGCUGAAUGCAAACAACAAUAAGGAAAUACCACUUCUGAGUGAUAUUUGAACAACCUGUAACAAAUAUUUGGAUACCUGGCCUGCAGUUCAGGAUAUUCCAUUGCUGCAGCACAAUCUUAUUAACAAUGCUUAAAACUAAAUUGUUUUCAAAUGCAUGAUUUUCACUAACUUUUUUUUUCUUAUUUUUUUGCUUAACUUGUACAGUGGCAACUUAAUGCAUUUGAGAAAUAUGAGGUUUAAUUAAAGCACACUCUACAGCCUUUGGUACACUGUAGCUCAACUGUCUCAGUAGGCUUUCCAAUUUAAAUUUUUUAAAGAACCCUAAUCUCUCCUGAAAAACGUGCCCUCAUUGCGAAGUAAUUUUUGUCUUAAUAUGUGGAAUAGUUCACAUAAGAAUAUAUUAAAUUAAUAAAAUGCAGUGAAAACAGAGCAAUAUGAUUUCUGCUAGCCUUUUUCCCUUUAAAAUGUUUCUUGCAACCUUCCAAUCAGACUAGUGCUACAGAGCAGCUUAAUACAUUGUCAUCUCCGGUAAAGAUCAUUUGAAUUUGAAGUAACAUUUCCUUUAUCUUUUUGAAAGGUGGUGGUGGUUGAGAGAUACUUAGUUGUUCACCUUAUUUAUUCAUGUUUGUAAGUACUUUGAUGAACUAGUGCUUUUAAUAGUUUUAAAUAUACUUGAAAAAUAUUUUUCCUGUUUAUAAAAUAUGGGUACUUGUACAUGGAAAACUCAUACUCUGCUCACAGAAUGAUUGCUUAUCAAAUAUUUCAAAACAAACCGAUAAAGAAAAGGAGAGUCCUGAGUUGGGCCUCAUAGUUUGAUGAAAGUGGGUUGCAGCACUAAACUGUAUCACUGGAUUAGCUUAGCAUAUAGUACUAGACCUUGUUCAGAUAUCCUCCAGAUCAAGGUUUGGAAUAUCGGAAAUGAACUGCAGGUUCAUGUGCUCCCACACAUGUCGUGCAACAUCACUUUUCAGUUUCUUGUUUAGCACAAACCACAGCGUGCUCUGAUGUCUGAAUUUACAUGCAGUGUUUUUCACUUGAUCUCCAAACCAAAUUAGAAACUCUGUAAUGAAUGUUUUCAAAAUCUGGUUUGGAGAUCAAGUGUAAAUCACAGCUUGCCAAUCCAGACAUUACAGCAAACUAUGGUUUGCACUAAACAGAAAACAAGGCAAAUGCUGCAGGGCACGCAAGACUGGGUAACGAAGGGAUGUUUUGAAUAGUUUUGAGGAUUGCCUGAACUGGGCCUGUGAGAGUCAUUUAAUUGGGAAAAUGUAAAUCGGAUUCAAAGUGACUGUGUAGUUAAGAUAUUUUAUUUGCAAUACUCAAAAUACCUCUGUUCCACACUCCCUGGUUUUUAAAGCUCCAAAAUCCUUCGAAAGAUCUAUUCAGAAUUACAGUUCACAUUUCUUAAACAUAUAAAUGCCAGCUUCUGGCAACAGUCCAUAAGCAACUGUAUGAAUGCUGUUACCAGGCAUGUAGAGAGUGCUCCAGCCUUACCUUAUACAUUUGUAACUUAAUACGGUGUUUUCAAUUUGUACAGAAUAGUUAGAAUAUUCUAUUAAAGUUGUGAAACAUGAA